GCGGAUUGGGGGCGGACGAAGCCGGCGGGGUCGGGGUCAGAGGAUCCGGUUCCCGCCCUUCCUCCCGCCCACACCGCCGUGCGUCGCCGCUUCUCCGCAGUCAGCUCAGCGCCGCCCCUACACGCAACCGCGCCGCCGCCCCACCGCACCGCCUCGCUAACGAAAGCGGCGCCCCAGCGAACCCUAGAGCUACGGUUCCGCCGCCCGUGUCCGCCGGCCGUCGUCCUCACCGUCGCCUACGACCCUCUCACUGCUUCCCCUUUCCAAUCCCGUGCAGUGAUGGGUCGUGAGUCUAAGUCAGGGAUAGGGCAAAGAGCAGGCCGUUCAGCAGCCCAAGAAGAAGAGGAACUGGUAUUUUGGACAGAAAGAGUUUGUUUCAAAAAAAAAAAGAGCAGAAAGAGUAGGACAGUAUUUUGGCUGUUCCCGACACUCAGGGUUCGAGUGGCAGGGGGGAUACUGGUCGAUGAAGCACUAGUCAACAAGGCAGCUUAGGCAGCAGGACAGGCAGCAGGGCAGAAUCCCAGUUCAGCAGCUCCGUGGAAGUUUGUAGGCAUGGCAGAGGCUUCAGAUAUGCUCGACAUGCCAGUGCGACCCCCGCGGCCCAUCGCGGUUGGCGAGGAUGAGAACACUUGCCGUGGUGUCUUCAUGGAGUUCAUGAGCAAGGUAUUUUCGAAGCCCACAGAUUCCUAACGGAUCAGAUGUCAUGAGUCAGAUAGUUAAAUCUAACAGCUCUGGCAGAAUGAGGUCGUAUCUGGAAGCUGGCUGCAGGCUUCACUGCCAAAAUAUCUCAAACAUAAAUCAGUGCGAGUUUGAAAAAUAUUUUCUUAUUCCUGCAUGCUAAUGGUUGAUAUGACUUCUUUAUCGUACUGUGCAUUUGUUUUUCGAACUGAGGCAUUACUGAAUAUGCAAGAUUCGGACAUACACUCGUGUGAAGAUGGACUUAAGGAUCACAUAAACAAAGUUAAGACUUUGCUUGAAGAGCUUGAAUGUCUAGUCGAGGAUGUCUAUGCCAUCACCCUAACCGCCAAUAUAAGUGCUCUGAAAGUUUCAGACAGUCAUACCAUUGACAGCAAGCUGACUAUUGAUUCGUGCAUCAUUGGGGUAGAAGUUUCUGUUCAAACAUUUCCUUUUACUAAUCAUUUACAUAGUGUUCUUUUCAACAGAGAAUAUCUUGCUGUUUACAAUGAUGAAGUAAGGUGGAAACCGGGUAACAUGUUACAUCUACUGCAGGAGGAUAAAAGUGCAGAUCAAUUGGACAGUGAUGUAUUUCUUGUUACUGUGAUGAUCAUUGUUCACAACAUGUUGGAGCUUGACUAUGCGAUGCAGGAAAAUAUUGUUGGUGCAUUAUCCCUAAAAACGCUGCCAUCAGAGCUUGAAGGAUACUGCCUCAUGUGGGAUUUGCGCCCAUACAUUGACGAUGAUGUGAUGCAUCUUGCCUGGGAAAUGUGUCCAUAAGACUUUGGCAUUCACAGUUAUAGCAUGGGGAAGGCGAUGGAAGAAGCCGAAGGCUAUAUUUGCAAAGACUGGACGUGGUCGUUUGAGCAAUUGAGCAUUGAAUCUUGGAGUUGUUUCCGAACUGCUGAGAUGGAUGGCCUCCAUAUCAUUUUUCCCCCAUCGAAGAUAGAGGAAUUUUUUAUGUGUUGGCAGAAGAUUGAUUUGACGGGAUUGUAGAUGGAUGGUGUUUCGAAAAAAAAGGAUUGUAAAUGGAUAGCAACGUGUGCUCAUGAUUGUGGUGUGGAGCACCCAUAAUUUGUCGAACUUAGUUUCUGA